UAUAGGGACUUUUAUUUUUUUAUAUUUAAAAAAAAUAAUAAUUUAUAUCUUUAUAUGGAUUACAGGGAUCUUAAUAAAAUUUCUAUUAAAAAUUAUUAUUCUUUAUUUUUUAUUUUAGAAAUCCCUAAUAGAGUUUUAGGCAGUAAAUAUUUUUUAAAAAAUAAUAUUAAAAAUACUUACUAUUAA